CAACAGCCGGCAAUCAACAGUUUCCAACCUAAUGCUCGAAUUGACGUCGUCAGCUUGAGUCUCACAAACUGGCUUAAUACCCAUCUUACAUAUCUUACCUAAAUCGCCGGCGGUACUUUCGUUCAUCUCGUCCGAGUAAUCUGUCGAUCGAAAUUCUAUUCUUCUAGAAUAAGUCAGAUAGAGCCAUCUUGCCAGGGCCGAAUACAGCACACUAGUCAUUGCAUACUGCGAAGAGGCUCCGAAGUUCCCUGUUAAGGAAAUCGAGUCAGCCCUAGGUUACGUGUAGGAUCACAGGCGGAUGAUUCAGCUCUGAUCUAUUCACAGAAGCCUUGUCGAAACUAAAGGCUACGCCCCUUUCAUAUUCAUUAGACCAUCAUAAGGCUUUGGCAUUGUCACAUAUGAUCGCGAACUUCUAAAAGCUCAUUUAACGGCCUACGAUUCUUCCAGGCCCCCAAUCUUUUCGAAUCUACUUACUUCUUUGACGUCAGAGCGCCAUAACGUCAUCCCAGCUAGGUGCCACCCGCGAACAUGUUCUCUCAGAAAAAACCAUAUUCGGCUGUUACGGUGACAGUUGAGCGCCUCACCAGCGAACAGUUUGAAGAGGAUGACCUUAGUGGUAUCCCCGACCUAGUCGAGGUUAUCAAGCUGCAAGGUUCCGGUCCUGCAGAGGCUGCUCGUGCCCUGAGGAAGAAGUUGAAGUAUGGUAGUGUCCAUAGGCAGAUACGGUCUCUUGUGCUUCUUGACGGUUUAAUUCAGAAUGCCGGUCCGCGCUUCCAGCGAACUUUUAUUGACGAACCACUUCUUGAACGCUUACGAGUUUGCGGUACUUCGGAUCUAUCAGAUCCUGAUGUCAAGAAGAAGUGCUCCGAGUUAUUUAGAAGUUGGGCUUCUGAAUACAAGAGUACCCCGGGCCUUGAAAGAAUUGCCAUGCUAUAUAGGGAACUCCCACGACGUAAACAAGUUGUCACUCAAGCACAAUCUAAAGUCCUUCGCGAAACAGAGGAUCCUUUCCGCGAUUCUGAAGAAGAGGCUGAAGGGCGUCGAAGCCCUCGAUCUGUAGCUUCCUCUUCGGUACAGUCUACCCCAACUGCCCCGUCGCUCGGUCACGUCAAGUCGCCAUCAAGCUCUAGUUUCUUCUCUACUUCCUCUAAGGAUAAGAAGAAGAAGGACAAGGGAAAGAAGAAGCAUAAGGCCUUUAAUCUUGAAGCCGAGAAGGAUGCAAUGAAGGUUGCAGUUGCGGAGUCUUCGAUUGCUGCCACAAACCUCAUGAAUUCUCUCCAGAGCAUAAAUCGAGAACAAGAACGGAUCUCAGAAAACCCCGUUGUCUUGGACCGGUUCGAAAUUUGCAAAAAGCUGAGAAGGAGAAUAUUGCGCUAUAUUCACCAUGUUGAAGAUGAGUCAUGGCUUGGUGGUCUCCUCCAUGCCAAUGAUGAACUUGUCGUCGCCCUUAUGACAUAUGAGCAGCUGGACCGAUCGAUCGACGCUGAUAGUGAUUCCGAGGACGAGUUAGCCGAGCAAGCGCACCUUUAUAGGAUGGCGACGGAGAAACACCAACAGUCAAUGUCGCCUCCUACAAGCCCUGUUUCAGAGAUGGCUCAACUAAGUAUAAAUCCAAGCAACCCGCCCAGGCCUGUACCGCCCCCGCGACCAUCUGCCGCAUCCAAACCAUCAAUUUCGUUGCACACAAUUCCCGAACCAGAUUCAGAAGAGGACGAAGAUGAAAAUGACCCCUUCGCGGAUAGGAAUGCAGUCAUAACACCAAGGGUAGAAAGCGGCGAACCUCGAUGGUAGUUACCAUUGAACCCGGUCCUGGUGUGAAGUUACGUACUGGCCAGGCCAUUUAUUGAUUGUUCCUAUGGAGGGUUUUAUCAUGUAACGGCGGAUUACGAAGAUACCUUGUUUUAGUUGAAGAUUCAGUUAAUCCAUUUUCUAACCCCUAUCAUUGGGAUAUCCCAGACAACCGAUGUUUACGUCGCCUCAUGUAAAUGGAUUCUUGAGAUCCAGGUCAUGACAUACCUAGGUAUGGAAAGUCUUGUUAGGCCCUUCUUUCGCAUUACUCUUCAUCUGUAGCGUUUCGUUUAAGAUAUCAUGAUCACGUCUAUAACGAAUUGAACUCAUUUAUAUGCUA